AAAAGGAUAUAGAUCCUGUGAUCAAUAGAGAUCCACUGAACGCACACGAGAGCUGUGUGAUCUUGUCUCUGUGGAAUCUCUCAGUCCUCAUUUUCCUUAAUUUAUGUUUUCCACUCUUACCUGUAUGCAGCGCCUUCUUUUGACUGUUCAAAUGUCAACGAUGUGAACAGCCCACUUACUGUUCAAUCAUCUCUCCCUCUCUCUUCCUUGCUAUUUACAAUCAUUUUUGGCACAUACUCUCCUUGUUCUUCAAUCUUGAUCUUAGCUAGCUUAGCAUGCAAAGAGAGGAACAAGAAAUUCAAAGAAUGGAGGGUUUUGAGCAUCAAGCGCCAUCAUUUUUUAUCUGCCCAAUAUCUCUUCAGGUCAUGAAAGAUCCUGUUACUAUAUCCACAGGCAUGACCUUUGACCGAGAGAGCAUUCAGAAAUGGCUUUUCUCUUAUAAGAAAAUCAUUUGUCCUGUUACAAAACAACCCCUUUCUGAUUUCCGUCUCACUCCAAAUUCUAAUCUUCUUCGGUUGAUCCAAUCAUGGCACUUGCAGCACGCAUCAUCAUCAACAACAAAAUUUGUGGAGCCGGAGCCUAAUAAUCAUGAUGCCUUGAUGAAAGUCCUUCUUGAAGAGAUUAAGCAACCCCAUUUGCAGGUAAAAUCUCUAAGAAAGAUCAAGUCAUUAAUCCAGGAGAGCCGUGGUGAUAGUAGCAGGAUUACUUGCAUCAGAGAUGAUAGCUUAUUUUCUCUAGUAGCAUCUCUUGUAGUCAAAACUGAGUUACCGGGGGUUCCACAGAUUACUGGUAAUGACACGGCAGAAAUUAUCAAUGAAGCUGUGUCUUCUUUGUGUCUUUUAAGGCCAUCCGACGAGACAUUAAAGAUGGUUUCACAAAAUGAAAAUGGCCUGUUAAUCGAAUCACUUUGUUUAAUUAUAACACAGUAUUUGAGCAAUCUACAGAUUAGAAUUCAAGCUGCUCUUCUUCUGAAGUCCAUAUUUGAAGUGGUUGAUGGGAUUUACAAGGAAGGACUUAGAGUUGAGUUCUUUGAGAGCAUCACGGAGAUAUUGAAGGACCAAAUUUCAAAACAUGGAAGCCUGACAGUCUUGGCUAUUUUGAUGGAAGUUUUGUCAUAUGGGAAGAAUAAAGAGAAAGCUAUUGAGGGAGGACUCAUUCCGAUCCUGAUAGAAUUGCUAGCUGAGGACAAUGAGAGGCAUGUGUGCGAGAUGAUGUUGGCCGUGCUAGAAAAACUGUGCCAGAAAGCAGAAGGGCGGGCUGCCUUUUUGGCACAUCCAGCAGGCAUAGCAGUUGUAUCAUCGAAGAUUUUGAAGGUUUCCCAUGUUGGAGAUGAUAAAUCAAUAAGUUUGUUGUCAUCCGUUUUAAGAUUUUGUAUCAGUAGAGGUGAGGUUGCACAAGAAUUUAUGGAGGUGGGUGGAGUGACAAAGAUUUGCUUGGUGAUAGAAAGUGGAUGCAAUUUAAAGACUAAGGAAAAAGCCAGGGAAAUCUUAGGGUUUCAUCUUAAAACAUGGAACAAGAGUCCCUGUUUCCCCUCGUUAUUUAAAGCUUGAUUAAUUA